UCCUGCCCUGGCUCCGCCCCGCCUGUCCGUGUCUGCGGCGGCCGCUGAUCGAUAAAGUUGUUGUUCUGCCAACAUGGCGGCGCCCGUGGUGACUUAUCCGGCCGUGUUCGCCUAAACGGCCCUCACACCUCCAGAAGAAUGGCGUGUUCUUGGCAGAGAGCGGGUUUUUAUGCCUGCCGCUUGAAAAGGCGGCUGAACGAUGGGCCAGAUGCCAUUAGGUGGGACAAGAGAGUAAUCCUAGGCCUCACCCGGAGUAUUUACAGCGCCACGGGAAAGUGGACCAAGGAGUACACGCUGCAGACAAGGAAGGAGGUUGAGCAGUGGUGGCGUCAGCGACUCAAGGAGCAGGCCUGCAGAGUUCCAGAAACUGAUAAAUCAAAGCCCAAGUUUUACGUGCUCUCCAUGUUCCCUUAUCCUUCUGGCAAACUGCACAUGGGACACGUGCGUGUCUACACCAUCAGUGACACCAUCGCACGGUUCCAGAAGAUGCGAGGGAUGCAGGUCAUCAAUCCCAUGGGCUGGGAUGCAUUCGGGUUGCCAGCCGAGAAUGCCGCGAUCGAGAGAAAUCUACAUCCAGGAAGCUGGACGCAGAGUAACAUUAAGCACAUGAGGAAGCAGCUUGAUGAACUGGGCCUCUGGUUCAGCUGGGACAGGGAAAUAACGACAUGUCUGCCAGACUACUACAGAUGGACUCAGUAUCUGUUUAUUAAACUGUAUGAAGCUGGAUUGGCCUAUCAGAAAGAGGCCUUGGUGAACUGGGACCCAGUGGACCAAACAGUGCUUGCCAACGAGCAGGUGGACGAACAUGGCUGCUCAUGGCGUUCCGGAGCAAAAGUGGAGCAGAAGUACCUCCGACAGUGGUUCAUUAAAACAACAGCUUAUGCAAAGGCCAUGAAGGAUGCGCUGGCAGACCUGCCCGAGUGGUAUGGGAUAAAAGGCAUGCAAGCCCACUGGAUCGGGGACUGUGUGGGCUGCCACCUGGACUUCGCACUGAAGGUUGACGGACAAGCCACAGGAGAGAAGCUGACUGCCUACACGACCUCCCCCGAGGCCAUUUAUGGCGCUUCCCAUGUGGCCAUCUGCCCCAGCCAUAGGCUCUUACACGGGCACAGCAGCCUGCGGGAAACCUUGCAGCAGGCACUUGUCUCUGGUGAAGAUUGCCUCACGCCGGUGAUGGCCGUGAACAUGCUCACCCAGCAGGAGGUCCCUGUCGUUGUCACGGCCAGCGCUGAGUUUGAAGGCUCUCUGGAUUCGAAAAUAGGAAUCCCGAGCACCAGCUCCAAGGAUGCCGUCCUAGCCCGCACCUUAGGCCUGUCCUACUCUGACGUCAUUGAAACUUGGCCAGAUGGCACAGAGAGACUGCGCAACUCUGCUGAGUACACAGGUAUGACCCGGCAGGAUGCUUUUCUUGCCCUGACUCAGAAAGCCCGAGAGAAGAGAGUGGGUGGAGACGUGACAAGUGACAAACUCAAAGACUGGCUGAUCUCCAGGCAGCGGUACUGGGGCACGCCGAUCCCCAUCAUCCACUGCCCGGCCUGCGGCCCCGUGCCCGUGCCUCCGGACGACCUGCCCGUGACCUUGCCCAACAUCACAUCCUUCACUGGCCGCGGAGGCUCGCCGCUGGCCACAGCUUCCGAGUGGGUGAACUGCUCCUGCCCCAGGUGCAAGGGAGCAGCGAGGAGAGAGACAGACACGAUGGACACCUUUGUGGAUUCCGCGUGGUACUACUUCCGAUACACAGACCCUCAGAAUGCACACAGCCCUUUCAGCGCAGCAUUGGCGGAUUACUGGAUGCCUGUGGAUUUGUACAUCGGAGGCAAAGAGCAUGCUGUCAUGCACUUAUUCUAUGCAAGGUUCCUGAGUCAUUUUUGCCACGAUCAGAAAAUGGUCAAACACAGAGAGCCCUUUCAUAAGCUGCUGGCCCAGGGCCUCAUCAAGGGCCGGACGUACCGCCUGCCGUCCGGGCAGUACCUGCGGAAGGAGGAGGUUGAUCUCACGGGUUCUAUUCCUCUCCAUGUGAAAACCCAGGAGCAGCUGGAGGUGACGUGGGAGAAGAUGAGCAAAUCUAAACACAAUGGCGUGGACCCCGAGGAGGUGGUGCAGCAGUACGGCAUCGACACGAUUCGCCUCUACAUCCUCUUUGCCGCCCCUCCUGAGAAGGACAUCCUAUGGGACAUGCAGACCGAUGCCCUUCCCGGGGUGCUGAGAUGGCAGCACCGCUUGUGGGCCCUGGUCACCCGCUUCAUAGAGACCAGGACGUCAGGAAAGGCGCCACAGCCUGCCGUGCUGAGGAAGGAGGAGAAAGCCGAGGCCCGGAAGCUCUGGGAGUACAAGAACACGGUCAUCUCUCAGGUGACUUCCCACUUCACAGAGGACUUCUCGCUCAAUUCUGUACUUUCCCAGCUAAUGGGCCUUAGCAGUGCCCUCACGCAAGCCUCAGAGAAUGUAGUCCUGCACAGCCCUGAGUUUGAGGACGCCCUGUGUGCCCUGAUGGUAAUGGCUGCACCCAUGGCCCCACACAUCACCUCGGAGCUCUGGGCAGGCCUGGCACUGGUGCCGACAAAGCUCUGUGCCCACUACGCCUGGGACAAGGGUGUGCUGCUUCAGGCAUGGCCAGCCGUCGACCCACAGUUCCUCCAGCAGCCCGAUGUCGUCGAGAUGGUGGUUCUGAUUAACAAUAAAGCCUGCGGCAAAGUUCCUGUGCCCCAGCAAGUAGCCCGGGACCUGGACAAAGUCCACCAACUUGUCCUCCAGAGUGAGCUGGGUGUCAGGCUCCUGCAAGGGCGAAGCAUCAAGAAGGCCUUCCUGUCCCCUAGAACGGCUCUCAUCAACUUCCUGGUACAAGAAUGACACAAGCAGGGGCUACAGCUCCCACAGGGGCCACCAAGGAACCUCCUUCCAAGCCUGCGACGAGGGGACAGAGUCUGCUGGCCCCGGGGAGGGAGAAGAUCACAGCAUCUUGAA